AAUCUUUCUUUGUUUCUCUCUCAUCACCUUUUUUAUUUUCUCUCUCUUCACUUAUAAUCAUUAACACUCUCUUCAUCAGCUUCUAUUUUACUAUUUACUACUACUAGUUAAGUUAAACUACUGUAGUAGUAGUACCAGAUUAUUGUUAUUCCUUGUUUGUGAUCCAUACAUUUUAAUAUUUGAUGCUUCAUUUUCCCCUUGUUUUGCAAUUACCCAUAUGUUGAAUUUUUGAUUUUUCAUCCUAAAUUCAACUAAAAAGAUAUCAAGUUUGAUGCUUUCUGGGUUUAUACCAAACACCAAUAAUUUGUGUGAUUCUGUUGCAACUUUAGCCAAAAUUUAACAUUUUUUUAGGGGAAUUUGAUGCUUAUAGAUCUUCUUUAGUUCACCCAUCUUAGAAUAUUGAAUGUUCAUUCUUUAGGGCUUGUGAUUUGAUGUUUGUGCUCUUGUUUUUGGGGAUUAAAUUUCAUAACUUUGAUUCCCAUUGUCGUUUUGUAUUGCUUUAAGUAGUUCUUUUGAUCCUUCUGUUUUUAGAUAAACCGAGAUCAAAUAUUUUUCUGGGUGUUAUAGAAUUUGAGUGUUUUAUUUUCUAUUAAUAAAUUUGUGAAAGAAAUCAAAAGUUCCAAAGUUGAAGAAGAACAAAAGGCAGAAGAAGAAAAGGGAAUCUGCUUUUCUUUAUGCAACUCUGAACAUGGGUGAUGAUGGGAGUAGUCAAAUGGGGUUUCAACAUAGUGGUGAGAGUAUGCUGAAUUCCCCAUCUUCUGGCAUGAACUCGAGAUCUAUGGAUUUAACUUCGGUUUAUGGUUCGGGUUGGGAUCCCAUGGUUUCAAUUAGCCAAAGGGGAAGUUUUGGUGCUUCUUCAAUGGUUUCUCAUGGUGAAUUGACAAAAUCUUCCUCUUACCCUAUAUUAAUGGAAUCCCAUCCACAGGGGAUUAGCAGCUCACACCUUGUUCAUUACCCCUCGUCCGACCCAAGCCUUGCUCAUAUGUUGCCUAAGCUUCCAAUGUUAGGGGGCAGGAAUUUCACUGACAUUGGUAGUCCCUUUGGCCUUUCUGGGGGUUCACAGAUUUCUAAUGCUCUCUUUCCUCAAAAUUAUGGCGCUAAUAAAAGUGGGUUAAAGGAGCGGCAGUCGAUGAAUGUUACACAAGCUGAGAGAGGCUGCCAAAUGGCAGAUGGGAUGGCUGUCGGAGUAUCACCGAAUGGCAAGAGGAAGAGAGACUCGGUCUCUCCUUCACCGACUGAUGAGAAUGCUGAUGGAGACGCACAUAAAGACCAUAUAAGUGAAGGCUCGGGCCAAAAAGAACAAGAUGAUAAGAAGAAGAAAAGUGAGCAUAAUGCUGGGGGUAAUUCAUCCAGCAAGCAAGCUGGAAAGCAACCGAAAGAUGAUUUACAAGGUGAAGAUUCUAAACAAAAUUACAUUCAUGUGAGGGCUAGACGCGGUCAGGCUACAAAUAGUCACAGUCUUGCCGAAAGGGUGAGGCGAGAGAAGAUCAGUGAGAGAAUGAGACUUCUUCAAGAACUUGUUCCUGGGUGUAAUAAGAUUACUGGGAAAGCUGUGAUGCUAGAUGAGAUAAUCAACUAUGUGCAAUCACUGCAGCAACAGGUUGAGUUUCUAUCAAUGAAACUUGCCACCGUGAAUCCUGAAUUAAACGUCGAUAUCGAGCGGCUUCUGUCCAAAGAUAUUCUGCAUUCACGAGGUAGCGGCCCCCCUGUUCUUGGAUUCGACCAAGGAAUGGGCUCCUCCCAUGCUUUUUCUCAGGGAAUUCAUCAAAAUCUUACUAUGCCAAAUUCGGCUUCACAAUAUCAUCACAUGUCUCAGGCUGUAUGGGAUGGUGACCUGCAAAGUCUUCUUCAUAUGGGUUUUGACUCUAAUUCAGCUGUUGCUGGUCUUGGACCAAAUGGUAGCUCAAAGACAGAGUUGUAGGAUUAUUACGCAGGUUUCGAUCCCUCCUCCUAACAGAAAAUUCAAUAUUUUUAGUCGACUGCAAUUUGACGCAACUAGAAAAAGACGAAGGAAACAAGUUAUUUAAGGCCAUAGUGUGGUGUUGUAUAGGUGCUCAGCUCCUGACUUUUCUUCGAGUUUUAGAGAAGAAGGUGACAUGUUAGAUUCACAACUUCUUUUGUAAAUUGAGUAAGAUGUUUCCAAAGUUGUUGAAGAACAUGAUCAUUUUUAUUUUUAUUUUUAACUUGCACGAACACAAAGCUUUGAAAUAUGUUGAUUGCUAUGUGGUUAUAACCAGUAGGAAAUUUUUUUGUAAAGGUAUCAAAGUUUUUUUUAAAUUUCAUAGUGAGAAGUGUGUUUGGAUUUCUUGUCCA